CUUCUCCCCUUCGUCUAGGCGCCAGAUCUGACACCCCUCCCACCCAAGCUUUGGCUUCGCUGCCGCGCCUCCCAGAUCCCGAUCUCCCCAUGCCUCCUCACCUCCGCUGACCACACUGCGGCCGCCGACCGCCGCGAUGGCGUCGCGCCCGCCGCUCCGCACCACCUCCGUCGCCUCCGUUUCCUCCUCCACCGACUCCCCCACCUCCACCGGCCCCCCCGGCGGCGUCCCGCAGUCCAUCACCGCGCUCCUCAACAAUCCGCUCCCCUCCGCCGCUGCCUCCUCCUACUCCUGGUUGCCCUGGCCGCCCCCCACCAUCACGCUACCCGACGCGGCUCCACCGCCGCCGUCGCACCCCUGCGAGGUCACCCGCGCCGACUUCGCGCCCUACCUUGCCGCCGUCUCCGACCCCUUCGCGCGCUUUGCCGACAUCCGCCUCCACGCCAGCGCCGAGCUUGCCGCCUCCUCUGACGCCGAGGGCGCCCCCGCGGCCUCCUCUGGCCUCGCCGCCUGCCUCCGCGAGGUGCCCGCGCUCUUCUUCAAGGAGGACUUCGCGCUCGAAGACGGGCCCACCUUCCAGGCCGCCUGCCCGCUCGACGACGACGCGCUGCAGGAGCGCCUCGGACAGCACCUCGACGUCGUUGAGGCCCACCUUGUGCGGGAGAUAGCACUCCGGUCUGAGUCCUUCUACGAGGCUCAGGGUCGGCUGCGCGGGCUUGAUGGGGAGAUCGUCACGGCGGUAGGGAGGAUCCGCGAGCUCAGGGAGGUGGUACGGGUUCUCACGGGGGACCUCGUCGGGGCAGCAAGGCAGGUGCAAGAGCUCAAUGCUACCCGAGGCAACCUGGUGGCGCUGCAGCAGAAGCUCACUGUCAUCCUCUAUGUCAGCCAGGCGCUUACUGCACUCAAGUUGCUUGUUGCAGCAGCAGAUUGUGCUGGUGCCCUCGAUGUCAUUGAUGACUUGCAAAAUUUGCUAGACACUGAUGAACUUGCUGGGCUUUAUUGCUUUCGGCAUAUCCGAGAUCAGCUGGGAACAUCACUAGAUUCAGUGAACAGCAUUCUUUCAGCAGAAUUUGUGCAUGCUGCUGUUCCUGAUGGAAAAGCUGUAGAUGCUAUGAUUUUAUCAACUGUGAAAAGAAAGGCUUCCAGUCCAUUGAAUGGGACAGACCAUGAGGGUAACGUAGACGAGGAGGAAAGUUUUAUUCUCAGGGAUCGACUCCUCCCCCUCAUUAUUUGCCUACUGAGAACGGACAAACUUCCUGCAGUUCUUAGAAUUUACCGGGAUACACUUAUAACUGUUAUGAAAGCUUCAAUCAAAGCCACAGUAGCAGAAUUACUCCCAGUUUUAACCGCCAGACCAAUAGAUUCUGAUUCAGUAACUGGAGACAGAGCUACCGAUGCUGACGCUGGAGGCCAGUCCUUAGCAAAUAAGUUGCGGAGUCUUUCAUCUGAAGGAUUUGUUCAACUUUUAUCCGCCAUUUUUAGGAUAGUACAGGUACAUUUACAGCAAGCAGCUGAAGUGAAAAGAAUAGUUGAGUGGAUCAUGGGAAACCUUGAUGGGACUUUAAGUGGUGAUUCUAGUAAUUCUACAUUACAACAUGGUGGUUCAGUUAUUUCUGAUACCCAAGAGAAUGACUCUUCACGGGGCUCUAAUACUAUUACACGGAGUACUUCCAAGAUCCCAUUUGUCCAAGGAAAAACAAAUGAUUUUUCCAUUAUAAAUUCAAUAAAGAAUGUUCGGGCCGAUGUCUUGAGAGAAAACACUGAAGCAGUUUUCGCGGCUUGUGAUGCUGCCCAUGGACGAUGGGCUAAGCUAUUAGGUGUUCGUGCUGCUUUACAUCCCAGGUUAAGGCUUCAAGAAUUCUUGAUCAUCUACAACAUAACAGAAGAAUUUAUAGCUGCUACAGAAAAGAUUGGAGGCAGGUUGGGUUACAACAUUCGUGGAAUCCUACAGCAACAAUCAAAGCAAUUUGUUGAUUAUCAGCAUAAUGUUCGGAUGACAAAAAUCAAAGCAGUUCUUGACCAAGAGACAUGGGUUGCUGUGGAUGUUCCUGAAGAGUUUCAAGCAAUCGUUCUUUCACUUUCAUCCACUUAUUCUUCUGUUAAUGGCAUGGAGAUGCCUAGCCCUGAUGAUAACCUAAAGUUCAGUGAUCAUCGGCCUACAAGUCAAGAACUGACAUAUUCAGCUGAAAAUAAUGCUGAUAAUGGCAAAGUAACAUCGACUGGUGAAAGCAAGGUUGAAUCCACUUCUCAGACUGAGAACAAUGUUGCUGGGAAUCUGAAGUCCACCUUGCAAACGAUUGUACAUGGAGGUGUUGGCUAUCAUAUGGUAAACUGUGGUUUGAUACUGUUGAAGAUGUUAUCCGAAUACGUUGACAUCAGUAAAUGUUUACCAUCACUAUCUUUGGAGGUGGUCCAACGUGUUGUGGAAAUAUUAAAGCUUUUCAACACUAGGACUUGCCAACUUGUUCUCGGUGCAGGAGCCAUGCAGGUGUCUGGACUUAAAUCAAUUACGUCUAAGCAUUUAGCUUUGGCGAGUCAAAUCAUUAGUUUUAUACAUUCUUUAAUUCCAGAUAUCAGGCGAGUCCUUUUCCUGAAAAUACCUGAAGCACGCAAACAGCUGUUAAUGUCUGAGCUGGAUAGAGUAGCUCAGGACUACAAGGUCCAUCGAGAUGAAAUUCACAGCAAACUCGUCCAGAUAAUGAGAGAGAGGUUGCUUGCAAAUCUUAGAAAAUUACCCCAAAUUGUGGAAGGCUGGAAUGGCCCAGAAGAUAAUGAUGUGCAGCCAAGUCCAUUUGCUAAAGCUGUUACAAAGGAAGUUACAUAUUUGCAUCGCAUCCUUUCUCAAACAUUGCUUGAGGUUGACGUGCAAAUAAUAUUCAGGCAAGUGGUUCAAAUAUUCCAUUCACAUAUUACAGAAGCAUUUUCAAAAUUGGAAGUUAGUACUCCUCAGGCAAAGAAUAGAUUAUGCCGAGAUGUUCAGCAUAUUCUUGCAUGCAUCCGGAAGUUACCAGCUGAGAACUUCAGUUCAGAAACUAUUCCAAAUUAUGGUCUUCUUGAUGAAUUCUUGGCUGAGAACUUCGGGACAAAAGUUGGUGAAUGAUUGACUGUACAUUAGGAACUGACUCAUGUCUACAAAUGUUCAAUGGUGGAAAAUAUGUUAAAUGGGAAGCGCUCCAAGAUGGUGCCGUUUUCGGCGUGAAUUCUGUGCAGGUAUUGCUGUGCAGGGUAGUGAAAACAAUCAGCUCCUCUGAUGUCAACAAAGUAACAUGCUGAUCCUUGCACUUCCCAAUAUGAAAUUUUGGCUCCACAGCUUUGCCAUUUCAGGCCAUAUUUUUUGUUUUGUUUUGUUUUGUUUCAAUAGUAAUUUUAUUCCCGUUUGGGAAGCUGAUAUCGGUUAGAUGCUGGUAUAGAGGAAACCUGAGUUUUGGCAGCACGACCUAUUCUUUGCAUGGUGCUUCAUGCUGUUAGGUCCAUUGUAUCGAAUAUGCUGUCCAGAUGGCAGCCCAUGUAUUUUAUCCCUGUAAUAUUUGUAAUUAUUCUUCCUGGUGCGAAAAUAAUCAGUUGUUAAAUGCUAGUAUAGGCAGAACUUCAAGCUACGUCUAUAUAUAUCUAAUACUCCCUUGGUUCCAAA